AUCUUUCUUCUGUAUUCAACCUUCCUCUUCCAACUCCAACUCCAACUCCAACUCCAACCUCACACCAUGUCCUCCUCUCUCUGUGAUUUCUGUAAUCACAGAUCUGCAGUCUUGUAUUGUAAAGCUGACUCCGCUAAGCUCUGUUUGUUCUGUGAUACCACCGUUCACUCUGCUAAUGCUCUUUCCCUCAAGCACUUCCGUUCCCAGAUCUGUGACAACUGCGCUUCCGAUGCCGUCUCCGUCGCCUGUUCCACUGACAAUCUCCUCCUCUGCACCUCUUGCGACAAUGAUUUCCACGCCGACUCCUCCCUUUCCACCUACCACACCCGCUUUCCCAUCCAUGACUUCUCCGGUUGUCCUUCCCCUCUUCAACUCGCCUCCAUCUGGGGAUUCUCUCUCAAACUCCACCCCUCCUCUUCUAACGCUAAAUCCAACAACUUCCACCAUUCCCAUGACAAACCUCCUCCUCCUCCUCCUUAUGACGAGGUUCCCUCUGUCGACUGGAAAUCAUCAGCUUCGCCUUCUGGAGUGCAUAAUAAACUCUUGUACCAACAGUUGCUGGAGCUGGCAAAUCAAGGAUCUGAUGCCGACGGACCUGAAUUGAGGCCUCAAACACCCACUGGAUGCGGUCCGCCCGAGAUUUCACAAGGGUUUGAGUAUGAAGAACACGAUGAUAAGGAUUUGUUGCAUCAACAAACUCCUUUAACGUAUUUGCUCAUGACGCCCCACAAUCCCUCCAACUCAAAACCCAAUAAUGGCUCUAUUACUGAAUUUAGCAACAUGUGGAGCUAUAGCCCUAAACGCCAAACUAGUCAGAUAUGGGAUUUUAAUCUAGGAAGAUCAAGAUCUUCUGAGGCAGGAUGUGAUAAUCCUGGCUUUGCGGUAAACAACUGUACCGACCUUGUUGAGGAUGCCUCUUUCACAACAAUGGAAGUCUUGAAAGAAAUGGAUGCCAUAAACAUAUCUUUUACCACCAACCCCUCACAAAAUAAGCAGAUAUCUGGUUGCAGAUCAACAUUGGAGUGUGACAAGAGAACACCGUCAGAAAGACAAAUGAUGGAAAACAAGAUAAGUAAUUGGAGCAUGGAUGGUGAGCAAGGAAUGGAAAUAGCAGCAGCAAGCAAAGUGGACGCCCAGCAGCUUGCCCAGAACAGAUGUAACGCAAUGUUACGUUACAAGGAAAAGAAGAAAACGCGAAGGUACGAGAAAUGCAUCCGUUACGAGUCACGAAAGGCAAGAGCGGAUACCAGAAAACGAGUAAAGGGACGAUUUGUGAAGACGAUGGAAUGAAGAGAAGAAUUGUUUGAUGUAAUUGUAAUGAUUGUAGGUUGAGUUGAAUAUUUGGUCACUCUUGUUUUUGUUUAGUACGACUACGACUAGGAGUAGGAGGAGUGUUUUGAUAAGAAAGAAGAAGAAAAAGAAAAAGGUGGGUUGUAAAUGUAUGGUGAUCUUGUUGCCAAAAAGAAUGCAAUCGUGUCGUGGUGUGAACAUCCCUCCUCAUAUAAUACCUCGGAGUUUGGAACCAAGAAACCAUUAUUUUUGUACGUGAUUUUUGAUGCUACUGGAAACUAGUAAUUGCUUGUAAAAC